AUGCUCAAGACGCGAGACGGCAGAGACGCGGCCGGCCGACCGAAAUGCGGCCUGUGCACCAUACUGUCGACCGUCAUCGUGUCGUUGAUAGCAGUCGCCGUCGUGCUCUCCCUGGUGUUCAUCUACGUCAACACGCAGCGCAUCCGGAAAGACGCCGCCGACAACAACGAGUACCUGAAAGACCUCGUGCGCAAGGUCAACGAAAACCCCAAGUCCACCUGGAAGGCCAAGUUCAACAAGUUCGGCUCGAAGGCCCGCGACUACGAGGGGCUGAAGACGCCGAAGAACGAGACGGCCAUCGCCGAGUAUUUCGAGCUGCUCGAGAAGUUCUUCGAGUGGGACAUCCUCAAGACGCACAUCAAGACACUCCAAGAAUUCCCGGAGGACGAUCUGCCCGAGCAGUUCGACGCGCGCCAAAAAUGGCCGGGAUGCCCCUCGAUUUCGAAUGUGCCGAAUCAGGGCGGCUGCGGCUCGUGCUAUGCAGUUGCUGCGGUGGGCGUGGCCGCCGAUCGGGCGUGCAUCCAGUCGAACGGCACCUACAAGUCGCUCUUCUCGGAGGAGGACGUGCUCGGGUGCUGCGCGGUUUGCGGAAAUUGCCUUGGCGGCGACCCGCUGAAGGCGCUCACCUACUGGGUCCAGGAGGGUCUUGUUACAGGCGGUCGUGACGGGUGUCGGCCGUACUCGUUCGACAUCUCGUGCGGUGUGCCCUGCUCCCCCAUGGUGUUCCCGGAAAAUGAAAAAAGCCGCAGCUGCGUGCGCCGGUGCCAGAACAUCUACUACCAGAACAAGUACGAGGAGGACAAGAACUACGCUUCGGUGGCCUACUCGAUGUACCCGCGCGGGAUGACGCUGUCGGAUGAUGGGAAGAGGAGAGGGAAAGUGCCGACGAUCAUCGGCCACAUCAACAGCACCAUGGAGGAGCCCAUCACGCUCGAGGAGAUCCGCACAAUCCUAAAAACCGAGCUGUUCCUCUACGGCCCGACGACGAUGGCCUUCCCGGUGCCGGAGGAGUUUCUCCAUUAUUCGGAAGGCGUUUUCCGCCCGAUCACCGAGGAGAAGUUCAACGACCGCGUCGUGUAUUGGCACGUAGCCCGGCUGAUCGGCUGGGGCAAAGACAAGGAUGGCAGCCACUACUGGCUGUGCGUCAACAGCUUCGGACGCAACUGGGGUGAUAAUGGCGUCUUCAAAAUCAACGUCGACUCGAUGGAGCAGUACGGCCUCGAAUACGAGGCCGCCCUGAUC